AUGUCGAACAUUACUCAAGAUUUAAGAGCGUGCCUCGAGAAAGCUUUGAGCGAAGUGGCUUCUCCAAAAACACUAGAUCAGCAUCUUCCUAGCAUCAGAGUUAUUAUAGUAAACUUAUUACAUGGCUUGAAAGCCAAACAGAGUGCAUAUCAGCAAUUGGUUGAGAGUCGCGAGCUACAGCAGAAUUCAACAAAUCCUCAAAUACUCGUAGCCGAUAACAGUUUAUCCGAUAACAGUUCAUCUGAUCCCAUGAAUGCUCUGAAAUACAGCAAUAACCUGGAACGCCGUGCUUCGAAACGGCAUUCAUUUUUUACAAUGCAGAAGAGUUUAAGUAGAAAGUUUGGUUCGCGUUCGAAUCGUGAAGGGCUAAUGCCACCAAGUAUUAUCGAAUCUUCAAAAGAGGAAGGAGAAAUAAUACACGAGAAUGACGUGGAGAAAAAAGCAGAGUUGGUCACCCCACAACGCGAGAUGUCACCUCCACCUGAAUAUGCACCACCUAGCGAUGAAUCCAGUACGAUUAACAACGCACCAAAAAAUGAUCAAGAUAAAACUCUAACAUUGUAUCUACAGCUGGGAAAGGAGAUCAAGAAAAUAAAAUACGAAGGUGCCAUAAGCAUCUCAGCAUUGAGAAUGCUGUUUAUCGAGAAAUUCCAGUAUAAUCCUGGGAUGGAUGAUUUUCCAAAUAUUUACAUUAGGGAACCACAGCUCGGGAUACUUUACGAAUUGGAGGACCUUGGAGAAGUUAAGAAUAAUUCCGUUUUGGCAUUAAAUCUUGAAGCCCUGGAACAAGUCAAAAAGCAUUUUGAUCAAAGUUUUGCAGAUUUAAUAAAGGAGAUUCGUGACAUUAAAAAAUCGGUUGUUGAUACGGAGUUGAAAAUUCGAGAUAAUACAGCACCCCCCACCCCUUCACCAAGCGCAAAACAAUUUCAAAAUAUAGCAGAGAGAAUCACCAACGAUCUCAGAAAUCAAUUUGAUGCAGUUCGAAAUCUUAGAAGAGAUUUAGGAACGGCAACAGUAAAGAAUGCUGUUUUGACGAAUACUACUAGUUCGGCUCGGACAUUCAUUGAUGAAGGUAAAGCGAAAUUAAAUGCCCGCACAAGUGAUCUACUGACAAAGGUGAAUGGGCUUCAAGAUACCAUUGACGAGUUAAAAACAGACGUUACACAGAGAAGGGCAAGACCGAGAGAAACUACUGUUCAACAAGUGAGAAAAGAUUCGGAAGCUGUUGAUAAGGAGCUAGAAUCAUUGCAAAAUCACAUUAAGAUGGUCAAGCCAACAUGGAAAAAAACUUGGGAAGAUGAACUACAGGCAAUCGUUGACGAACAAAAAUUCUUGAAUCAUCAAGAGGAGCUCAUCGAAGAUUUACAGGACGAUAAUAAAAAACUGACAGAAGUACUCGAUAAUAUUCUGAAAGUCGUUGAAUUUCAGUCGAAUAGGCCAAAAGAAUUUCAUGUCAAACCGAAGGAAGAAGGUUUCGGGGGACUCAAAACCGUUCUCCUUGAACUCGGAAGUGUUGCGCCUGAUCAUGAAAGGAGGUUGAAAGCUUUGGAGCAAUCUGAAAAGAUGCGUGAACGAGAAUUAGCCAAUCGUAUUGAUGAAUUCGAGGCAGAAUUGACGGAUUUUGUGAGUAAAAAUAAAUUGAAGAAGACGGGAGGUGCACAAGAAGUUGAAAGAUUGCGUCAAAAGAAGGAUGAGGAUGCUUUAAAAGAAUUAUUUAAAGCAAACCAAACGAACCCAGAAGGUGAAGCAUCUUAG